AUGGCUGGAGAGCUAGGACAACCCGGCUCAAUGUCGUUGCCCUCUCGUGAGUUUUCCAGUGAAACCCUGACAACUGGCUUGAAGACCCUCGACUUUCAGCAGAUCAAGCAAGAGUCGGAUCAGGGCCUUGAUGAGCGCAUGAAGGAUCCUUGGUUAGAAUGCAUAUAUGGCUUGGCUGAACUGGAGGCCCUCAUCCUAAAGGAAGAGUCGUUGGCCACUAGCUCCGCUGAGCCUCCUACAACGGAGCCAAUGGCUGCUGAACCUGCCACCCCAGCCCAGACAACCUUGAUGCAGGCUACCCCAAAGUCCUCAGCAAUCCUAUCGGGCCCCAAGAAGAAGCUUCGCCUGCAGUCUCCUCAAGAUGUCCGAAAGAACUUGUUCAGUAGCCCAAUUGCAGCCACGAUUCCAGAUGCGGUCUUGGAGGAGGCCGUGGGAUGCUCCUUGGAUAGUGGGGAUGCAAAGGAUAGAGCCCUAGCCUGGGUAAGGGAAGGCUCCUAUGAGGAAGCCAUCGACGAAACGAUCGAUGAGGAUUUGGCUAAGGCAUUUGAGGCAAUCCAACUUGCUGACCCCUAUCUUGUCUAUGCUGGGAAUGGUGAUACCAGUAUGGUUUCGGAUGUGACCAACAAGGCGGCGAGUGACAAAGCCGAUGGGGCCUCGGAUGUUUCUACGUGCACAGCUGGCUUCUCCCACGAGGAAAAGCUAGCUAUGGAAGCACGUUGCACGAAGCUCCUUGACCAGGCUACUAAGCUUUCUCAGUUCCUGAGGGAUCGUGACUCCACGAUCGAAGCCCUUCGUCAGGAACUGCAGUCUGAGCGCCAAAGGGUUCAGGAGAUGCAGGCCCGAGCUUCGGAGGUCAGUGCAGCCCCCGUGGAGUCUGAUGCAAAGGCCCCCUCGUUUGAGGAUCUAGAUGACAAAGGGAAGGAGGCUGCACGUGCAAAGCUACGACGGUUCUGCCAGAGAAAGGCUGACGGAUCGUUGAAUGUUCCGCUUGAAGUUCACCUUCAAUGGAAGGAAGCUGGAGCGGGACGUGAUAAACUCCUUCACAUGUUUGUCUCCACGAACUUCAACCGC